CCACCAAUCAGAAAGGUGCGCGUGAAAUUUGAAAGGUUUGCGAGGAAACGCUUACAAUGCGUGAGUUCGUGGGUAAGGGGCGUCAUAAGCAAACACAAAAAGAUUGAAAAAUCCCUUUAAAUGGCAUUUUAAUCUCGGCACGACCUUCUGUAAGUAAUGCACCCACUGACGUUUACGUAUCUCCGCAAAUAACUUAUUUGACUCUGCUCAUUAUUUUUAAAGCAGGAAAGAACAACUCAGCUGUCCAACGACGUGAACGAUUAAUUGGUGGCGUUUCACUAGUGACGCCUGUUCUAAUAAACACCACCGCACCAUGUAAUUGCAAAGUUCGUUGUAAAUCAAAUCCUUCCCAGUUUUGACAACAGAAGAGUGCACGUUUCGGAUACAGAACCACGACUAUCGCAGGUUUCGUGUAGGCAUAAACGUGGAAAGUGCACGUUUCCACCUAAACGUCUCCGUGGCACUUAAUUUAAAAUCCUCCACGGCCGUGAUCUGCAGCUGGCGUGCAUGAAGUCAAUGUCAUAAAAGAGGUUGGACGAAGCAGUUUUUGACACUUUCUUCUGAAGAUCCUAUUGACUGUUUUGCACAGUAGUGGUACUGUGCAAAAUAUGGAGAAGAGCUUCCGGUCUGACGCCCUGAAUCCCAUUUAUAAAAACAGCUGCAUAACUUCUUCAUUGGACCAAGGAUUUAGCGAGUCAUUGCAGACUUCUGGGUAUAAACUGAAUGAAACUAAGGACACAUCAAGGAUUCUUGAUGAGGUGCAAGAUUGCUUUGAAGAAUCUACAGAAAACGUCAGCUUGCCGAAAUAUGCUCUUGCAAAAUCUUCAAGCAAAAACCGGCAAAAUAUUAAAAGCCCAACAUACUGCACUUCAAGAGACAAAAGUUAUGUUUCUUCUGGUUUCUAUGAGACACCUAGAGCAUCUAAAAAACAUGCCUCUCUUCGACGGCAGCUACUUGUCUCAAAAACUGUUUCAGAGGGCAGGAAAGGCCAUGCUAGAUCCUCACUUGAAAGCCGAGACUAUUCCUGUCGACGGGUUGACAGUCUUGAAGAUGGUUCUUUACACAGCUCUCUUGAUUCACCAGAAAAGGAUAACUUUGUAGCCUUAGCAACUAGCACUUUAAAAAAUGAAGAAUCUACUGCUUCCGGUGUUAAAAGGUUUUUAUUUUCUCAAAUGAGAACUUCAACACUUGAAGACCUGGAAAAUGAGAAGAAUCCUCCUUUAGCACUUAGCCUGUCAGAGAUUCAGCAUGACCUUGAUGAAAGUAUUAUUUCUUCUUUCCAAUGUGACUCUGUUAGCCCAGAACUUUUUAUAACCCCUCAGCUCAAGAAGUUCUCAAAGUCAUAUCCUGAUCAGUUUCUUACUCCAGUAGGUCACCUUGUGGAUAGCUUUAAUCUGAAUUUGUCUGUCUUAACAACUCCACCUGUGACUCCAAUAGCAGAGAUUGACACGUCAACAACAGAGGACAGUGGUUUCAAUUCUGUUGGCCUUCAUAAAUCACAGGAUUCCUUUAUGGAUCAUGAUGGAUCAUUUCAGGAAUUAUUGCACUCAAGAGAUAAAGAAACACCACAGUCUUUUGAAUCUAAGAGAAGGUCACGGCUGGACCGAAAUCGAAGACUAUCUACACUACGAGAAGGUGGAUCGCAAUCUGAAGAGGAGGCAGUCUCUAAUGGGAAAAAUUCAAGAGCAGCUACAUUCAAAUGCCAUAAAAAGGAGGAUCACAUCCCCAAAGAAGAUGCUGAUUUGUCUAUAAAUGAAGUUUCCAAUAAUAAAGGGAUAUUAAAUCUAACAGACUUGUCUCAAACCCCUGCACUGCAAGUCAUGCAUACAAUUUGCUUAAGAGGUGUGAGGAGCCAACAUGCAAAGACACCAGGGGAGAAUGUUUUUGAUUUUUCUGGAAGCUUUGAACUGUUCCAACCUAGUGCAUCUCUUGCAGGACUUAUAGGAAGAAAGAUGGGCCUGAAACAUGUUGAUAUUUUAGCUGAAUUGAAAUACAGGAACCUUAAACACAUCCUGGCUUUGAUUUUAAAUAGACUUUCUCCAGAGGACAUACACAGUUUUGGGCAGGUGUCUCUUGUCUGGGAUGAAAUUAUUUUGCAAGAUAAAAUAAUUCGCCGAAGAAGAAGAGCAUAUAUUAAGGAGUUAAAGGCAAUAGCUAAGCAAGAUAAUCGGUCACACAUGCCUGAUACAGAAACCAGAUUAAAUGUGCAAAACAGAUCUCCCCUGAAGUCUGUUCAAGCCCAGCAAAGGCUGUCCAGUUCAAUGACCCCCGUGCUGACUUUGACUCCUUUAAAUGGAACUAGUAGAAAAGUUGUAAACUCUGCAAGUAAGCAGGAUGCAUUUAUAAUGGUUGCCAAGACACUUUUAAAUGAUGAAUGCCUAAAAUCUUGCCCAAGGUGCAGGUAUCCAGCUAAGUGCCAUAAAGAAAAGAAGCAAGGUAUAUGUAGUUGGGAAGAAUGUGCCUUUGACUUCUGCACAGAGUGCCUGCGAGCUUUUCAUGGAUCUAAGGAGUGUGAAACUUUCUCUGUUCAUCGGCGCAAUAACAAGGAAGCAUUGCCAGGGAGUGCCAAGAGCAAACGCAAUUUGAAACGACUGUAAAUGCCUGUCUGUAAUGCCUCUGUUUUAAAAUUUCAGUUAUUGAUUUAAAUACCCAUUUACACUAUGUAUAUGAAACCUAUUAAAAGUAGUAUAUUU